GACAUGUUCUGUGAUCUCAAGCAGGUGAUCCAGGUAUGUCUACUUUUAGAGCAGGAAGAAGCAGCCAAGGACGGAGAUGAACAAGAAGAAGAGCAAAUCAAGGCCGCCCAGAAGAAGAUUCUGGAUGACUGUGAUGAACUCACUUGUGUGCGGUACAAGUGGAUGUUCAAACAUGUCAUGGAACAUGCCCCUUAUCUUGGGACUCUGAUUGGCCAGAGGAAAAAAUGCGAGGAGCUCAUAGCUAACUAUUUACAGAUGCAAAAUAUGAUAAAUCACACACACUCCGAGGAUGCAAGUCGCCUCAGGUCACGCAUGGGCUCAUAUGCAGCCCCAAACCCCAACAAAGAUCUUGUCCGCCCUCCAAUAGCUGACAACAGCAAGAGUCGUGCCCAAAUGGGGUUCAACCACACCCAGCUGGGCAAAAUGCUUUGUCCAGCUAAAUAUCUGACCGACUACAUCAAGGAUCCG